GAAGAGCCUCGGCACAUCAUUCAAUAGGCGUGCUCCYCCCGCAUCAUUUUAUGGUCCCCUUCAGUCUCUUCCCUCUCCGUAAUCUUCUAUUAUUUCUCUCUACUCCUCACUCCACUCUCUGGCUGCGGGAGGGCAGCUCGCGGUUGCAGUAGGUCACCGAGGCGGUWUAACAGACUUUGCUUACAGCGGGAGUCGACUCGAGCUCAAUCGCGCAGCAGAGCCGUUACUGCCGGUUCAAUCGGCAGGAGAGAAAUCGCUGCGCUCAGGACAUCACACAGCAGCAAAACCAGAAUAGACCGACUCCGACAAAAACCCUGUCGCGCAGCGUCCGCGUUGUCACAUCGGAGAGAAUGGACACACUGAAUUAAAACAUUUAACAUGAUUUAUUAAAACAUUGAUUGGACCAGUAAUUUGGGUUAUUUAAAGAUUUUUGCUACUUGGYUCUCCGGGAGACGUAGCGCACAGAAACGCACACAGAGACGUAGCUGAAAGCCCCAACUCCUAGUGGGCACUGAGGGAGGAGUGUGAAGAUGCCGGGGGAUCUGAACUCGAUGUGUUCUCGUGUGUGGAGUGUGUGUCUGCUCCUAGUGUGGAUAUGUCUUGGCACGAGGGUCGUCGGUGUGGUCGGGUCGCACCAAGGGAGCAUCCCUCUCUCCGUGGUGAAGUUGUGGGCCUCAGCGUUCGGAGGAGAGAUCAAGUCCAUCUCAGCCAAGUACUCUGGUUCCCAGCUACUGCAGAAGGUAGGCUCUGCUCUGGAGAAUCUAUCACAUCACAAACCUGUAAUGUAGU